GCCCGUGGUCGCAUGAAAGAUAGUCAUCAGGGCCAUCACGGCUACCCGAAUUUAUAAAGACCUACCCGGCGGUCGGAAAACUGCGUUGCUGGUCAUGCCGAGGUUCCGACAUGUGGAAAUGGGCUAUUAUCAGGCAGAAACCCCCGACAGCAUGGCGACUUCGUGCGACAGCAUAGAAGAUCGCGCUCGUAUUUAUUCGGAUACUAAUUCCGUAGGUAUCUUUCUGUUGGCAGUGGCGCUAAAUGCGCCAAUCAUGGAGGCUGCCAUAAUAAUCGCCGAGCGCGAGGGGGGCUCAGCCUCUCCAGGUAUCUCGAUCCACGAUGUUGUAGAAUAUCUGAUAGUGCUCUACAUCAUCCAUCGCGGGUAUUAUGGCUAUAGCAUCUUGGGUUGGCCCGCCCUUCAGGCCAGAAGGAGGAAUCGAGGAGGGAGAUUGUGACAAGCCCGCAGGAAGCAGCCCAUAACAUUGACGCCUGGAACGACGCUGGGAAGCCUUUUUUUUUCAAUCGGGAGAUGGUCCAAAAUGUCUAUGAACAGCUUCUCAAGUCACUCCAGAACGGGGGCAACAUCUAUGUGCAGAGAUUGGAUGGCUGCCGCGGUGGUUUCAAAGUUAUAGCCGGUGAUACGGAGGUCAUUCCAUACCACGGACCAGGGACACGUGAUGUAAGGAUAUGAAUUUGCUUCCCCUGGUAGCCUACAUAGCAUAACGACAAUCUGUUUUAGGCGUAAGCCGAUGCUCGACUAUCUGUCAGUUCGAUAUCUCAAGGUCAGCCUUUCUGAGGAGGGGUCCGAAAAUUAUUUAGCCUAUUGCAACCGUCACAUUCUACAUUCGAUCAGCGUCUGUGGCACGGUAACAAAGGAGCCUGUCUCGAACUAUACUUGAGAUCAUUGGAUGAAGUUGAUGGCCUCCUCAAGAAUACCUUGGCGACCUGGCAGGAUACUGAAGUCUAUAAGCACCUCGGUUGAGCCCUUUCCUCCAUUCAUG